GAGAGCCAUUGAGAAGCUAAUUGAUGAGAAAGCAAUUGUAAUACAUGACGAAGAGGCUCCGAAUGUCACCAACAACCCACUUCCUGCUCACAACAAUGCUCAUGUUAUUGGGAUGAUCUGUGACGAUAAGGAAUACAAGCAAACAGGCAAAACAAUAAUGGAAAUUGACACCUUAAAAGAAGGGUUGGGUAUGGCGACAAAGUCUGCACAAGAAGCACCGUUGUGUGUAAAAGGUGCAAGUUCUAAUGCGAAUCUCAAAGGCUCGGGGAAGUUGAUAUUGUAUGUUCCUGGAGCCACAAAGAAAAAAGAGACAUUAGUAACUGGACCAAAAUUAUAUGUUCCUAGUGGUUUUCCCAGGUUUGGUCAAAACCAAAAUGGUUUAGGAAAGAUGACAGAACCAAUUGUGAUAAAGCACACGACACAAAUUCCAGUGACAAACAUGAAAACUGUCCCAUGGAACUAUAACAAAACCACUGUGACUUACAAGGGCAAGGAGAUUGUUGAAGAAAUAGAUGAAACCGGUGGCUUAACGCGUUCUGGAAGGUGUUAUGCUCCAGAGGAAUUAAGGAGAGCCAAACAAGCCAGGGAUAGCCAAUUUUCGGUGAAAAAACCUAUCACUGAAGAAGAAGCUGAAGAGUUCAUGAAGAAGAUGAAAGUUCAGGAUUACUCUAUUGUUGAUCAGUUGAGAAAAACUCCUGCUCAGAUUUCAUUGCUAUCUUUGCUCAUACAUUCUAAAGAGCACUGUCAAGCAUUGAUUAGAAUUCUGAAUGAGGCACAUGUUUCGGACAAAACAACUGUAAGUCACCUGGAAAAGAUGGCCAAUAGAAUAUUUGAGGUGAAUAGAAUCACUUUCACCGACGAUGAGUUGCCUGUGGAAGGAGCUGGACAUAAUAAGGCUUUGCAUUUAACUGUCAAAUGUGAAGAACAUUAUGUGAAAAGAGUCAUGAUUGACGGAGGCUCGGGUGUGGACAUUUGCCCCCUUUCUACUUUGCAGAGUUUGAAAAUUAGCACAGAUAGAAUUCGUACUAACAAUGUGUGUGUUCGAGCUUUCGAUGGCGCAAAAAGAGACACCAUUGGUGAGAUUGAUCUUACUUUAAAAAUUGGACCUGUUGAUUUUGGGAUCACAUUCCAAGUUAUAGACAUGGACACUUCCUACAACUUGCUUUUAGGAAGGCCAUGGAUCCAUGCGAUAGCGGUGCCAUCUACUUUACACCAAGUGGUCAAGUUUGAAUAUGAGAAACAAGAAAUUAUUGUUCAUGGUGAAGAUGAUCUUUCAAUAUAUAGAGACCCUUCUGUCCCAUAUGUCGAGGCCAAGGAAGGUUGUGAAUCCCUCGUAUUUCAGACCUUUGAAAUAGUGGCAGCUGAUCAGUUUAUGGAAGGGAAGCCUAUCUUAGAGCCUCGUCUAUCCUCUACUUCAAUCAUGGUGGCUACACAAAUGCUGCAAAAUGGUUAUGAGCCAGGAAAGGGUUUGGGGGUGUCAUUGCAAGGAAUUGUUGACCCUAUCUCUCCAUUUGGUAAUCAAGAUACUUUUGGUUUGGGUUUUAGGCCAACUAAUGCUGACAGAAAAUGGGCAAAAGAGGAGAAAAAUAAGGUUUGGAAAUUGCCAAAGCCCGUUCCCCACAUUGCCAAGUCCUUUACUAGGUCACGUUUUGAAGAGAGUAAAGACGUGUCUGUCCAAGAUGACGUGGCCGAAAUAUGUCAAGGUCUCAAAGAAAUGUUCUAUGGAGUAAACAUGGUUCAGAUUGGUGAAGGCACUAGUCAUGCAGAUGUGCAACGUAUUGGCCCAGAAGUCAAGCUCGCCAACUGGGAAGCUACUCCUCUCCCCACAAAGAAGGAGUCUUGUUUCGUUAACGCCGGCUUUAAUAACAUGACAUGCAUGCGGAAUUCACGUCCAGAUCUUAAAGAGCUGUCUAAUCUUGAAAUAAUGAAUCAAGAGGUUGAUGAAUAUGAUGAAGAAGAGGCUUUUGAAGAAGAUGACAUAAUCCAGGUUUUGUUUGAAUAUAAAGAUGUGUUUGCUUGGUCUUAUGAUGACAUCGGGUUUGAGCGUUGAUCGGUAGUGCACAAACUUCCUACAUACCCCGAUUUUCCACCAGUCCAACAAAAGCAGAGAAAAUUUAAGAAAGAGGUGAGUGAUAAGAUUAAAGAGGAAAUCAUGAAGCAAUUGAGUGCAAAUGUGAUCAGGGUCGUUCGAUUUACUACAUGGCUGGCAAAUGUUGUUCCCGUACCAAAGAAGGAUGGGAAAACCAGAGUUUGUGUUGACUAUAGAGAUUUGAACAAAGCCAGUCCAAAGGACAACUUUCCCUUGCCUAACAUUCACAUUCUUGUUGACAAUUGUGCCAAACACGAGAUUCAAUCUUUUGUGGAUUGUUAUGCUGGGUAUCACCAAAUUUUGAUGGAUGAAGAGGAUGCAGAAAAGACCGCCUUCACCACCCCAUGGGGUACUUACUGUUAUAGGGUCAUGCCAUUUGGUUUGAAGAACGCAGGGGCAACUUACAUGAGAGCUAUGACUACUAUCUUGCAUGACAUGAUGCAUAAAGAAAUUGAAGUAUACGUCGAUGAUGUGAUCAUUAAGUCCAAAACUCAAGCUGACCAUGUGCGUGAUCUGAGAAAGUUCUUUGAAAGAUUGUGGAAGUACAACCUCAAGCUCAAUCCAGCCAAGUGUGCAUUUGGAGUUCCAUCUGGGAAACUUCUAGGGUUUAUAGUUAGUCGGCGAGGAAUUGAAUUAGACCCCUCCAAGAUAAAGGCCAUUCGGGAAUUACCGCCACCAAAGAACAGAACUGAAGUCAUGAGUCUUCUUGGUAGGUUGAACUACAUCAGUAGGUUCAUCGCUCAGCUCACCACUACAUGUGAGCCCAUAUUCAAGUUGUUAAAGAAGGAUGCCGCUGUCAAGUGGACAGACGAGUGUCAAGAGGCUUUUGAUAAAAUUAAGGAAUAUUUAUCUAACCCUCCAGUGCUUGUCCCGCCAGAACCGGGUAGGCCUUUGUUUUUGUAUCUAUCAGUGAUGGAUAAUUCCUUUGGUUGCGUUCUAGGACAACAUGAUGCCACAGGAAAGAAGGAACAAGCGAUCUAUUAUUUGAGCAAGAAGUUCACAAGUUAUGAGGUAAAAUACACAUUUUUAGAAAGAACGUGUUGUGCUUUGACUUGGGUCGCCCAGAAACUGAAGCACUAUCUUUCAUCCUAUACGACUCACCUCAUAUCUCGAAUGGAUCCUUUGAAGUAUAUCUUUCAGAAACCUAUGCCGAGUGGAAGGUUAGCAAAGUGGCAGAUUUUACUUACGGAGUUCGACAUUGUCUAUGUCACCCGCACCGCUAUAAAAGCACAAGCAUUGGCCGAUCAUUUGGCAGAAAACCCAGUUGACGAUGAGUAUGAGCCUUUGAAUACUUACUUUCCUGACGAAGAGAUUAAUUCAGUUGAGGAAGAAGUUCGCAAUGACAGUCACGUCUGGAAAUUAUACUUUGAUGGAGCGGUCAACAUUAAAGGUGUCGGGAUUGGGGCAAUUCUUAUUUCACCAAUGGGGCAUCAUUAUCCCGCCACGGCACGACUUCGUUUCUUCUGUACCAAUAAUACAGCGGAAUAUGAAGCUUGCAUAAUGGGUUUAAACAUGGCAAUACAUCUGGAUGCACAUGAAUUAAUAGUUUUUGGAGAUUCUGACUUACUCAUUCGGCAGGCUCAGGGUGAAUGGGAAACUCGAGACAUCAAGCUCAUUCCGUACAAACAAUGUUUGGAGGACCUCAGCAAAAGGUUUAAGUCAAUUGAGUUCAGAUAUAUUCCCAGAUUUCACAAUGAGUUGGCUGAUGCUUUGGCCACUUUAGCCUCAAUGCUUCCAUAUCCAGGCAAUGCUUACAUUAAUCCAUUGGAGAUUCAGAUUAAGGAUCAACAUGGUUAUUGCAAUACAAUUGAAGUAGAGCCAGAUGGUGAGCCAUGGUAUCACGAUAUCAAAAGAUUCCUAAAAACACAACAAUAUCCAAUACAUGCCGAUAGAGAUCAAAAAAGAACUAUUAGGCGACUUUCCAAUGGUUUCUUUCUGAGUGGGGAGAUCUUAUACAAAAGGACCCCGGAUUUGAAUUUGUUGAGAUGUGUGAAUACUCAAGAAGCUGAAAUGAUCAUGAUUGAAGUGCACUCCGGAGUAUGUGGCCCGCACAUGAACGGUUAUGUUCUAGCAAAGAAGAUUCUUCGAGCAGGAUACUAUUGGCUUACCAUGGAGCGAGAUUGUUUUCGUUUUGUUCGCAAGUGUCAUCAAUGCCAAAUUCACAGUGACCGGAUUCAUUCGCCCCCUUCGGAGUUGCACCCUAUGUCUGCUCCUUGGCCUUUCGUAGCUUGGGGGUUAGAUGUUAUUGGGCCAAUUGAGCCAAAAGCUUCUAAUGGGCACAGAUUCAUUUUAGUUGCCAUUGACUACUUCACCAAAUGGGUAGAAGCUGUUACGUUCAAAUCAGUCACCAAGAAAGCGGUGGUAGACUUUAUUCACUCUAACAUCAUAUGUCGUUUUGGUAUACCAAAGACCAUUAUCACGGACAAUGCAGCCAACCUUAAUAGUCAUCUCAUCAAGGAGGUAUGUGAGCAGUUUAAAAUUGUGCAUCACAACUCUACCCCUUAUCGACCUAAAGCCAAUGGAGCUGUUGAAGCUGCAAACAAAAACAUCAAGAAGAUCCUCAGGAAGAUGAUACAAGGAUCCAGGCAAUGGCAAGAGAAAUUGCCUUUUGCUCUUUUAGGAUACCGCACGACUAUCCGCACGUCUGUUGGCGCAACUCCUUACUUAUUGGUUUAUGGGUGAGGCGGUCAUACCAGCAGAAGUAGAGAUCCCCUCUCUUCGAAUCAUUGUUGAAGCAGAGAUUGAUGACACUGAAUGGGUCAAGUCUAGACUAGAACAAUUAUCGUUAAUCGAUGAAAAGCGGUUGACAGCAGUUUGUUUUGGCCAAUUAUACCAGCAAAGGAUGGCUCGCGCUUACAACAAGAAGGUGCAUCCAAGACAUUUUGAGGUGGGCCAACUUGUUAUGAAACGUAUCCUUCCGCACCAAGAAGAAGCGAGGGGAAAAUUCGCCCCAAACUGGCAGGGCCCUUAUGUUAUCAAACAGGUGUUGUCAAAGGGAGCUUUGCAGUUGUCCGAUAUAGAGGGAAAGGUGACUGACAUAGCCGUUAACACAGACUCAGUCAAAAGAUAUUAUGUUUAAUAUGUUUUCACUUCGACGCUAUGGUACUUGGCAUUUUCAGUUCGGGAUGACGAAAGGCUAUCGUUCUCACUAUCCAAACACCGGUCACCCUUUUUUCUAGCCCCUUUGAGCUUUAUUCACAUUUUUUUUUUUUUUCCCCUCUUUGGAACUAAUGCAGCGCAAAAAAAAA